CCCGCCCGCGCCCUGCGCUCCCGCGCGCACAAGCCCGCCCGAGCGAUAUUAAAAUGUCUGACGAUGCCAGUGACACCCUAGCCACAGAAGACAAAACAGAAACGACCAAGAUGCCCAGUAGUAAUUCUUCUGCUCAAGAGGCAGGAGAGCAUAGUGAUUCGGCUGUAACUGAAAGUGAACCAAUGUUGGCUGACCCUGGAGUCGCACUUGACAAUGCAGCUACAGAGGGUGCUGAACUUGCUGACUCUGUGAAUGCUAAGCAACCCAGAGACCCUGGUGCCAGGGAGCCCCCCUACAAUGGAGAAGAGCCUGAGGAUGACCUGGUUGAGUGCAUUGACUCCGUCAGCCUGGAGACAGAACCAGGAUCUGAAAUACCCCUGAAAGAACAGAAUAAUCUGGCUUCCGAUUCUACUUCACAUGGUGGAAAAUGGACUGGGUGGGGCUCCUGGGGCAAAUCUCUGCUCUCUUCAGCAUCUGCCACAGUAGGUCAUGGAUUUUCAGCAGUCAAGGAAAAGGCAGGGGCCACCCUGGGGGCCCAUACUGUCCCUGCUGGCUCCUCCGAGGGGACUGAACCUGAGGCUGAACGUGUCUCUCAAACAGAUGCGGCACCAACUCAGAACCCUGUGGAUAGCCUGCCCACUUCCCCUUCAGCUGGGUCUCGGGGCAUGCUGUCAGCCAUCACCAACGCGGUCCAAAACACAGGUAAAAGUGUCUUAACAGGAGGCCUUGGUGCUCUGGAAUUUAUUGGCAAGAAAACCAUGAAUGUCCUCGCAGAAAGUGACCCAGGCUUCAAACGGACCAAGACCCUCAUGGAGAGAACUGUUUCCUUAUCUCAGCUGAUAAGGGAAGCCAAAGAAAAGGAAAAGCAGCGACUGGCCCAGCAGCUCCCAGAUGAGAGAACUGUGCACUACGGGCUGCUAUUUGAUGAGUAUCAAGGUUUGUCACACUUGGAAGCCCUGGAAAUUCUGUCCAAUGAAAGUGAAAGCAAGGUUCAGUCAUUUUUAGCUUCACUUAAUGGAGAGAAACUGGAGCUCUUAAAACAUGACCUAAUUUCCAUUAAAGACAUCUUUGCAGCCAAAGAAUUAGAGAAUGAAGAGAAGCAAGAAGAACAAGGCCUAGAAGAAAAGGGAGAAGAAUUUGCUAGCAUGCUAACAGAGCUUCUCUUCGAAUUACAUGUGGCGGCCACACCUGACAAACUCAAUAAGGCCAUGAAGAAAGCUCAUGAGUGGGUAGAAGAAGACCAAUGCAUUGGGUCUAUAAAUUUGACAGAUGAAUCAGAGGAAAAAACUGAGAAGGAAGAAACAGAAGAGAAAUCUGAAAACUCCAAAGAAGAAGGCAAAAAAGAAGAAAGAACAAAGACAAUUGAGGAAGUCUGCAAUAGGUCCAUUGAGAGUCUGGCAGAAGUAACUGCACGCUGUAUUGAACAGCUCCAUAAAGUAGCAGAAUUAAUUCUCCAUGGACAAGAGGAGGAAAAGUCAGCUCAGGAUCAAGCAAAAAUUCUAAUCAAGUUAACUACUGCAAUGUGCAAAGAAGUUGCUUCCUUAUCCAAGAAGUUUACGAAUUGUUUAACCACUGUUGGGAGUAACAAGAAGGCCGAGGUCCUUAACCCUAUGAUCAGUAGUGUGCUCACAGAGGGCUGCAACAGCACCACCUACAUCCAGGACGCCCUCCAGCUGCUGCUGCCCGUGCUGCAGUUUUCCCACCUUCACAACAGCUCCAGAACCCAUCCAUGAUCUGGGAAAGGCCCUACAGCUCUGAUCCUUCCCUGAAGGCAUGCUAUCCACACCAUGGGAGAAACUCUGAGCUCUUUUGCACC